CACUUUCCAGGAAGAGACUGACUCAUUUCCACAUUUCUGUCAAACUGACUCUCGUGUCUCAACAAAAUCAAUAAAGAAUCAGCAAUCAGUGGAGAAUGAAGAAAAAUGCUUUAAAGCAGGAUUUUUGAGACAUUUGUUUCUAAACAGACAGCAGAUCUUUGUGAAUCUCGUGGUUAUUUUUGAAACCGUCGUUCUAAAAGUAAAGUUUAGAUUGCUGGAGCUCAAACUGUGAAAAUGGCUUCACUAUCUGUAGAAGAACUUUCUUGUCCUGUGUGCUAUGAAAUCUUCAAGGCUCCUGUUUUUCUAUCAUGUAGUCACAGUGUCUGUAAAGAGUGUCUUCAACAGUUCUGGAGAACCAAGAAAACUCAGGAGUGUCCUGUCUGCAGGAGAAGAUCCUCAAAAACUGAACCUCCUGCUAAUCUUGCAUUAAAAAACUUGUGUGAGUCGUUCCUGAAGGAGAGAAAUGAGAGGAGUUCAUCAGGAUCUGAGGAGAUCUGCAGUUUACACAGUGAGAAACUCAAACUCUUCUGUCUGGAGGACAAACAGCCUGUGUGUUUAGUGUGCUUUACUUCACAACAACACGUCAAUCACACAUUCAGACCCAUCAGUGAAGUCGUUUCAUCAUAUAAGGAGGAGUUCAAUACAGCACUGAAGUCCUUACAAGAGAAACUUCAACACAAUGAAGAAAUGAAAGGAGAGUUUGAGAAAACAGUUCAACACAUCAAGUCUCAAGCUGAGCACACAGAGUGUCAGAUUAAACAGCAGUUUGAGAAGCUUCAUCAGUUUCUCAGAGAUGAAGAAGAAGCUACAAUCACUGCACUGAGGGAGGAAGAGGAGCAGAAGGAGCAGAUGAUGAAGGAGAAGCUGGAGGAGAUGAACAGACACAUCUCAGCUCUUUCACACACAAUCAAAGACAUGGAGGAGAUGAUGAAAGCCAAUGACGUCUGCUUUCUGAAGGAGUUUCCAGUCUCAAAGGAAAGAGUCCAGAGCUCACAGCCGGAUCCACAGAUGGCUUCUGGAGCUUUGAUUCAUGUGCCACGUUACUUGGGCAACCUGCCGUUCAGAGUCUGGAAGAAGAUGCAGGACAUCGUCCAAAACACUCCUGUCAUUCUGGAUCCAAACACUACGAAUCCACGUCUCAUCCUGUCUGAUGAUCUCAACUGUCUGAGAUUCAAUGGGAACAAACGGCCUCUUCCUGAUAAUCCAGAGAGAUUUGACCAUUAUGAGUGUGUUCUGGGUUCAGAGGGGUUUAACUCAGGAACACACUGCUGGGAUGUGGAGGUUAAAGAGAGUAAAUACUGGAUUCUUGGAGUAACUACAGCAUCAAACCAGAGGAAGGGACAGGAUUUAUUUGACACUGAUGUUUGGUGUGUGACAUAUGGAUGGACUGUAGGUUCCGGUUUUCUUGUUAAACGUAAACUUGAUCGUGUGAGAGUGAAUCUGGAUUAUGACAGAGGAACGGUGUCAUUCUCUGAUCCUGUAACUAACACACAUCUACACACAUUCACAACCACCUUCACUGACACACUCUUUCCAUUCUUCAGUUGUUAUGAUGGAUCUCUGAGGAUCUUAGCGGUCAAUAGUCAGUAAUCGUUACUCCUGUAGGUCUGGAUCUUCCUGCUUUCAUCAUGUUUAAUCCAGAUCACACGAGUAAGAGUGCUGCCGGUCUGAAUAUCAGAUCAGAAUACAAGUACAUUUAUUCAUCUUUUUAAAAUGAUGUGUCAUGAAUCUCCACCCAUAACAGUAUAGUAACUGCCUAGCAACCACCCAGAACACCCUAGCAACCAUGUAGCAACACCCUGGAAAGCACACAGAACACCCUAUCAACUGUAUAGUGAUGUGUGUUUUUGUGUGUCUGAGAGACAGCAUGGACUCAAAACCUUCACACUUAAAUCAUUCAGACUUUCAAAAGGAUAGACUUUCUCAAGCCAACAUGAAAGUCUACUUACAUUAUAAUAUCAUAUUUUUCUAGUGUACCACUGAAAGAGUUCAUUCAACACUUUUUUUAGUUUUUGUUCUUGAUGAAUAAUUGUUUAUUUCUGUUCUAAGGUUGAAAUGAUCAUUUGUUGAUUGAAGUAAAUGGAUGUAAAAGGUUCUUGCUGAUCCACAAUAAAGUUCAAUGAAAUAUAAACACUUAAUCUGA